AUGUUUGAGCAAGAAAAAAAGAUCCUUCAGGAGACGCAAAAAUGGAGCCUGCUGGAGGAAAAGGUUUUGAGACAAAAAUCUACCGCAUGCUGGAUUGAUAGUGGAGAUGCCAACUCCAAGUACUUUCAUGCACAAUUCAAGAUCAAGGCAAACCAAAACACUAUAUCCUCUAUAUACACUGCAGGACGUACAAAGAUCACUGAUUCUACAACUAUUGAGCAGGAAUUUGUUUUUGUGUUUAGUAAAUUGAUGGGUGAUUGUCAUGAGAAGAUGCCUUGUCCUAAUGCACAGAUCAUAAAAGAUGGAUCAUGCCUUGGUAGAGAACAACAACUUGUUUUGAUAGCUAAGGUUAGUAUGGAGGAGAUUAUUCAAGCUGUGGAAGAGAUGCCAAAAGAUAAAGCACCAGGGGUGGAUGGUUGCCCAAUAGAAUUUUAUACAAAAAAUUGGGGUAUAGUAAAGGAGGACUUAUAUGCAGUUGUUCAACAUUUUUUUAGCUCUAGGGUCAUGAUGAAAGCUUGGAACUGCACAACUGUCACAUUAAUACCUAAAGUUCCUUCUCCUACCCAGAUGACAGACUUUAGACCUAUUAUCAAUGGAGACCUGACUAAUCCUUUCAAGGCAAAAAGAGAAUUGAGGCAAGGGGAUCACAUGUCCCCAUAUCUCUUUGUGCUAGCUAUGGAGGCUGACAUUAUCUCUAUUACAUUAUUGAAAAAGACUCUUCAAAACUUCUCUGAUGUAUUAGGAUUGCAGGCUAAUGAAACUAAGAGUUCUAUUUAUGUUGUUAGAGUAACACAGGAGGUCAAGAAUGAUAUACUCACAUUGCUUGGGUUUGAUGAAGGAACCCUCCCCUUCAAGUAUUUGGGGGUUCCUUUGUCAACAAAUAAAUUGACUAUUCAACAGUGUCUUCCACUGGUGGAGAAGAUCACAGCAAAAUUAAUCAAGUCUGUACCGUUUGGUAUGCAAAGCUAUUGGGCUAAGAUUUUUGAACUGCCAAAGAGAGUAAUAAAAAUGAUUGAAGUUGUAUGUAGAACUUUUAUAUGGACCGGGAAAGAGGAGAUGUCAAGGAGAGCACUAGUAGCCUGGGAGAAGGAGAUGAAAAAGCUGGAAAAGCAAGGUAAAUUUCAGAUUAAGGCAGCUUAUCACUAUUUUCAGCAGCAACACCCUAGAGUUCCUUGGAAGAGCUUAACCCUACACAAGCAUAUACAUCCAAGACACAGAUUCCAUCUUUGGCUAGCAGUGCAACAGAGAUUGUCCAUUGUGGAUCGACUACAAAAAUUUGGCAUCCAGGUCCUUAUGGAAUGUUCCUUCUGUUCUCAGGAAGAGGAGACAUUCGAUCACCUUUUAUUCUCAUGUUCCUAUAGCUAUAGGUUUGGACUAGAUUGCUUCAUUGGUUGCACCAGCCUCGAAAUAUUGUCUCAUGGCACCAAGAGCUGGAGUGGAUUUGUCACAAGGCAAAGCAGAGAAAUAGCAUGGCUGAGAUUGUGUGAUGCACCUUUGCGAUGGUGGUUUACUGUAUAUGGAGGGAUGUGA